CGUGUGCAGACCUUGUGUGCCUCUGUUAGUGCAAAGAAAUACCUGCAAAGGAAACGUGCUGUAUCUCAAACCAGCCUGUACAUCUAGACACCAGCAGCAGAUUCCCAUGUGCUCCCGCAGCACACAGAACAGCUAUGUCUGGAAUUAAUAUCAUGUUAGGAAUUGUGCUGUUCCUCAUUGUUUCUGCUUCUGAUCUGAAACACCAAGUCCAGUCAAUGGCUAUUGAAGAGGUCCUUACUGGAGAGAAUAUAACUCUCAAAUGUGACAUGAAACAUGACGGGGAAACCUCUUGGUUUGUACUUUAUCCAGAACAAGCUCCGAUUCACAUCUUUCAGGGUGUUUUAAAACUAAUAGACAAUACAACAAACUCUGCAUACUUCAACGGCUUCAGUGAAUCUCGUUUCUACCCCCUGCUGAACCGCACGACCUGGACUAUCAGUAUGAGGAUAGACAAUGUUUCUCAGCAGGAUUUUGCUUUGUAUUUCUGCAUGGUUCGAGUGAGAGGAGAAAUGAAAUGUGGAAAUUUAACAAAACUUGUGUCGGCGCAGAACUCACCGUCAGAACCGAAAACAGAAACGAACAAUGGUUCAAAAGGUGAGCUGUGGUGUAGUUUGCUGGACUGCGUCUCCUUAGUAUUCGUGAUCGUCUCCUCUGCCUUCGUCUGUUACUUAGAGAAAAGAGGAGGAAGAAAGAGGUGUACAGUACGCCGGUCUAGAUCUGACAACAACGCCCCAGUGCAAAAAAUACAUGAAAAGGAGAGAACACGAUUCUAGGCAGUGACCUAUUUCUAUACUUCUAUGUUUUGUUUUUUUUCUUAAAUGUAUUAAUUUAAGCAAUUAUAGGGUACAAUUAGUAUAACAAUGCAGGUGGCAAGUCAAUCCAAGCAACGUCCCUGCAGGUAACACUGAAUCCCCCACACUGUACUUCCCCCCAACGUCCCAGAAUUCGAUCAACGAA